UAUGGCAUCUCUCUGUUAUGCUUGUAAGAAGAAAAUUAAUAAACAAAAAAGAGGUGUAUGCUCUCUAUGUAAGCAUACAACUCAUUGGGUUUGUUUAAAUGAUGGCUUUUGUGAAAUUUGCCUGAAAAUCAACAACUAUUCAUUACAAAUUGUUUUAAGAAGAUGUGAUGAAAAUACUUUAACAGCAAAACUUCCUAAGAGAAUUGAUCAUCAAGAAAUUUUUAGAAAUAAUCAAGUGGAAGCCACUGCUGAUGACAUUAAUGAUCAUUUGAUUGCAAAUAAUGAAAAAGACAAAUCUGCCAAUGAUGGUGAAAGUAUUAAGCAAAUAGAAGGACCAAUAGAUAAUGUAGUCAUUAAAAAUACACAAAUACCACAAAGAGAAGUUUUUGCUGAAGAUGUUACAAUGGAGCAUUUGAAUACAAAAGAGGAUUAUUUUCCUUUUGAUCACAACACAAACCAACCUGAAGACAGCUCAUUUGAAGAUGUAGAUGAUGUUGUUCUAAGGAGUGAUGGAUCAUUUAAAAUUUUCCAAAAUGGGAGUCAAAAAGGAAAGCCAUUACUUGUUCAUGAUGGAUUUUCAUAUACUAUCAAAAACCAAAGAAAUAAAUCAAGAAUUUGGAGAUGUAGUGGCAAUAAUAACAAACAAGAUCAAUGUCCUGGUAGUGUCAAUGAGAAUGAUGGUAAUUUUACUUUGGGUUCAAAAUCACACAACCAUUCUCCCAAAUUAAAUUUAAAAGAAAUUAUUGAUAUGAAAGUUACCAUAAAACAAAGAUCAGAAAUGGACACUCAAACAAGUGCCAAGAGAAUUGUUGAAGAUAAAUUUAUCCAAAAACAAAACAUUUCUAAUUUUCCCAGCAGUAAAGGACUUAAUUGGUGGUUACUCACCAAAAAAAUAUGCUUAGAUUAUGAAAAGGCAAUCUGGAAAAGUGUGGCAAAAUAUUUUCCAGAAACUGAAAUCAAAGGUUGUCUAUUUCAUUGGACUCAAGCAAUUUUUCGAAAAAUUCAGGAAUUGGGAUAUUCAUCUGACUACAAAAAACAUACUGGACAGUGGACUGAGAUGAAGCUUCUCAUGGGUUUACCAUUUUUGCCUGCUGAUAUCAUUCCCCAGGAAUUUAACAAAAUAAAAGCUCAUUUAAAUACCUUGGAAAAGUUAUCAGAUUUAUUACAUUAUGUGGAAAACACUUGA